GAAUCGAACGAGGUGACUUACAUAUCAUGUAGUCAGUUUUUGAGACUUUUUCCCAUGGACCAGUUGUGAACUGGUCAAUGGUCUCUAGACUGCUAUCAACUUACAAUUGUUUCAGUUGCAGCGCCACAUUCAACCUGUGAUAUCGAAUUAUUCCCGCUCCGAAACUUUACUUUACCGGGUAUAUAGGGUCAGUAACCUGGUCAACUACAAAAUUCCCACCAAGGUUGUUUGCUCAUUGACGUUUUAACCCUCGUAGAAGUCGAAGAUUUCCUCUCUAAAAUGCCUCUCAGUGAAAUGAAUGACAUGAUUGCGAAAUACUCCGCUCGUCUACCGUUGCCCCAGGACGCGUCUGUCGGUCCAAGGCCUCGGGAAGAAUUGGUCGUACUGCUCACUGGAUCUACAGGUGCACUAGGAGCGGACUUCCUUGCUGCCUUAAUCGGCAACAAUCGCGUCGCUCAUGUCUACUCUCUGAAUCGAUCCCCGAACGUGGUCGAUAGACAACGGGUCGCACUGGAACGUCGUGAACUUGACCCCGGCAUAGUGCUGUCCAAGAAAUUGACGUCAUUGGAGGGAGAUGUAUCCAAAGCUGACCUGGGACUAAGCAGCGAGACUUUCGACGAAUUGAAGCGAACGGUAACGCACAUAGUACAUAAUGCAUGGAGAGUGAACUUCAAUGCACCGCUCAGCUCAUUCGGAGGUUACAUCGAAGGGACCUGCAAUCUUCUCCGUCUCGCUGCCACCUCUUCACAUGCUGCUCAGUUUCUGUACACGUCCUCGCUUGGAAUAGCACAGGGAUGGCGAGUCGAAGAUGGUAUAGUGCCCGAAAAUGCACAUUGGAGACCGGAAGCUGCUCUUACGUUUGGGUAUACUCGGUCUAAGUAUGUAGUCGAACAUCUUUUGUCCAAAGCAGCAAAAUCUGGUCUCCCAGCUACCACUCUAAGACUCGGACAAGUCUGUGGUUCGUCUGCAACGGGAGCUUGGCCGACGACAGAGUGGGUGCCCAUUCUCGUGAAGUCCAGUAUCGCUUUAGGUUGUUUACCUUUACAUGACACGAUUCUUUAUUGGCUUCCCAGUGACACCCUUGCAGCAGCGCUUCUCGAUUACAUCACGACACAGGAACCUCUACCUGAGCUGUUGACCAUAAUUCAUCCCCGGCCAAUCGCAUGGAAAGACAUAAUCGGCAGUAUCAGCGACGCCCUUGGGCAGCUUCCAAUUGUGUCUUUCCCAGAGUGGUUCGCCAAACUAGAAGCCAUUUCCAAGAAUGCCUCAGCAGAGGACCUGGAAAGAAUCCCUGCGUUGAAGCUUAUGCCUUUCUUCCGCUCCACGGCACACGAGAAUGCUACAGGAAGGUCAAGGAUGGUCCCUAAGUUCGAGAGUAAGAAUGCGCAGAAGUUUAGUGAGACGUUGCGAAAUGAACCACCUGUCUCCCACGAGCACGCUCACGCGUGGGUGAAUUAUUGGAAGAGAUGUGGUUUCAUACCAUCGCAGAGCGCAGAACUGCAUAUUAACAGCAAACUUUAGGAUAGCAUGACAUAUAUUGGUGAUCACAUAGUAAGUCAAAGCGUGUAGCUAUGCAGACAUCAGAAGCCAGGGUAGACAUGCCGUAAUAAUAAGUGCUGACCAAGUAAACCGAAGAGGUGACUGUUAAUCGGUAAAGGGAGGCAGAUACAGCA